AUGAUCCAAAACCACUAAAGCAAAUAUGUCUUGUCAAUGUUGAAAUAGAACCAGACCCACACUGGAUCACAAUCAUUUGCAGAAAUCAAACUAUAAUUGGUGUUUUAUUAUGGAAAGAGCAUAUCAUCUCAACAUACUCGAAUGGAUGUGGAAGAGCAAAAUCUGAAAAUGAUUUCGUGAUAAAGUAUCCUGUUAAGGCUCCGGAGGAAGGUGAAGAGGAUCUGGAGGAGAAAGAAUAUAUGGGCGGUCCAAUUAGGAUCAAAAUUAGUGCGGAAGAUUAUUUUACUUCUAGCUUUCUUAAACUGCCAG